AUGGCGACAAUUGCUCUGUCCCGACCAGUUGUGCCACAUCGCUCCUCCUCUUCCUCGCUAACCACGACCAUCACGCUCGACACCCACCCGGCGCAAUGCCCCGUUCCUGUUCCCAACAAGCACAUCCCGGUGUGUCCUCCAGGGCGCAUUCCCCAGGAAGAGCCCUCCACACCGCCGCCGUCUCCGGGCAAAGAGGAGGACCAACGGCAGCGCUCGCUGUUGUACCCCCCGGACAAGUACCCCUCUGUCGAGAUGGGCCCGCUCCGUCUGUACAAACUUGACGCCGACGACGUGGCUGCCGCCUUGGACCACAUCAGUCGGCAGCCCGUCCCGGACCCCUCCCAGGUCUUCCCCUGGCUCCAUGGCCUCCACCCGGCCAAUACCACGCAGCAGACUUUCUUCAUGGCCCGGAAGCGCGCCAUCAGGCGGACUCCUCCCUGUCUCCGCGGAAUCACCGUUGUCAAGGCCGACGGGGAACUGAACUUUUCCCGUCUCAAGGGUGCCAUCGCUCCGCAUGAGUUCCUGCAGCUUGGCGCCAGUGUCCCCGAGUUCCUCGACGCUGACCCCAAGGAGGGCUUCUCGGUGCGUAACUUCCAAAUACAAGCCGCCAAGGCGGCCAUGACCUCAGAUAUUGUCGUCUACGGCGACGACGACGUGGCUGUGCGGAAGCUGGGCUGGGAUAUUGCUGCGGCCCAGCAGCGGUGGCGCGACAAGCACGAGGCCCAACGGCACCCUUUGCCGCGGUACAGCACCUUCAUCUGCGUCAGCCCGUUCGCCGAGUUUGAGGAGAAGUAUCCCGAGAUAGUGGCUGUCAACUCGCGGGGGCUGCUCACUGGCCGCAUACUCGACUUUUUCCACCAAGAACGGAGGGAGAUGUACGAGAUGACGCGGGCGUCCGAGAUCUCGCACAAUGUCUGGCUGGGCCCGACGCCGGACUCGGGGUCCGAGGGUGAGCAGUUCUACGACAUCCUGAUUGAGUGCUGCGACCUUGGUCGACUGAACCCGGCGGCACUCCAAGCCAUCUGCUUGGGCCCGGAUGACGAGUCCAAGCAGUCGCACCUCGACUUCCCCUCGUCGGGCAGCAUCCUCGCCCCGACAUGGUCCCAGGCCGAAGCAGACGGCAUUCUCGAAACAUGCAAAUGGAUCUAUCACCUCGCUCACGGCACCCGCCCUCCCCUUCCCCCAUCUCCCGCCGGCGACGACGACAACACUCCGAUGAUGGACGCUCCCCGGCGCCCACGCAGAAUCCUGCUUCACUGCAGCGACGGCUACACCGAAUCAACCAUGCUUGCCGUAGCCUACCACAGCUUCGCAACAGGCCAGCCCGUGCCGCAGGCCUGGCUCGACCUGCACACGACCCGCCAGCGUAACCUGUUUGCCUAUCCCUCGGACGUAGCCCUCCUGUCCGCCAUCGCGCCGCGCUUGCUUUGCGAGUCCCCCGUCUACAGCAACACCUCACCACCAUCGCCAUCACCCCCAACGACGACAACAACAAACAGAGCAGCCCCUAGACAUUCAUCCCCGCCCACCCCGGCGGACGUCGCCGACCUGCUGGUCAAGUCGGAACCGCGCUGGUUCACGACCUUUGACGGGUCCUUCCCCAGCCGGGUCCUGCCGUACAUGUACCUGGGCAACCUGGGGCACGCCAACAACCCCGACCUGCUGCGGGCGCUGGGCAUCGGGCAGAUGCUCAGUGUCGGGGAGACGGCUAUGUGGCGCGACGGAGAGCUCGAGGCGUGGGGCGGGGAGGAGAACGUUUGCGUUGUGCAGGGGGUGCAGGAUAACGGGAUCGAUACGCUGGCCGGCGAGUUUGAGCGGUGUCUGCGGUUUAUUGACCGCGGCCGCGCAAGAGGCACGGCGACCCUCGUGCACUGCCGGGUUGGCGUCUCGCGCAGCGCCACCAUCUGCAUCGCCGAGGUCAUGCGAAGCCUGGGCAUGUCGUUCCCGCGCGCCUACUGCUUUGUGCGCGCCCGCCGCCUCAACGUCAUCAUCCAGCCGCACCUGCGGUUCGCCUACGAGCUGCUCAAGUGGGAGGAGCACUUGCAACUGCAACAACAACAGCAGCAGCAGGAGCAGAGUGGUGCUGAUGGCGAGCAAGAGGCGGCAAGGGGGAAGCAGGGGUUCAAGCGCGAGUUGGAGUGGGCCGAGAUUGCGCGCGAGAUCGCCAUGAUGAAUAUGCCCUAUGCCCGAUGA